AUGCCUAUUGGAAAAAUUGAGCACCCCUCUUUUGCCUCUAUCCCCAGGGACUGCAGCCAUGAGUGCCGGGUUUGCAGGGUGACCGUGGUGGGCCUUUCGACCUACGCCAAGCACAUAUCCAGCCAGGGACACAAGGAUAAAGUUUAUGCCUGGGACAAAGAGGGAUCAAAGGAGGACGAUGAUGAAGAAUACUUUGAUGAGGAGCUCAUCCAGUUAAUUAACCAAAGGAGGGAACAAAGCCAGCAAGAUGAUACCUGCAGUAUUCCCAAAGAGCAAGAAUUUCGGAGAAGAGAUGAACGCAUACCACAUCCAGGUAUAAAUCAGCAAGACUGGCAGCGAGAUUUGCCAGAAAGGAGUUGGCAAUUGCAAAAGGAGAACUUCAGCAAUCCUAGACAGAAUUUAAUGCAUUCUACAUUAGGCCUCAAUUCUAAUCGGCAUCUCCCUGGUCCAAGGGGGCGAGCUGGAUGGCACAUGAGCAGUCAGACCACUCGACAGUUGGUCCAUGUCAGAGUAGAAGACUCAUGGCAUUUAAACGCAGGGGGGGCAACUAGUUGGCAUCAAAGAGGCACAGGCAGAGGUUUUCACUGGCAACCACAGGGAAUCAGAAAUUUUCCUAACCAGCAUUCUAGAAACUAUGGUGGAAACUUGCAACCUUAUUCUAACAAUAACACCCAGUGGAACUUCGGUGGCAAUGUUGAAACUUUUCCACAAAGGAAAAAUUGGCCACAAAGACACUGUGCUACUGCUCUAGACCAGGAUUCUGGGUGGCCAAUGAAAAGUAACACAUUAAAUAAUUUUUGCAAAGAAAGAUUCAAGUGGAAAAAUGCUGAAAAAGUUACCAGCAGCACAACUGUUUGCGCAAAUUUAGAUAAAAACAUUUUGCACAAGACAGAUGAUUUUACUAACGAUAACCACACAGAAAACUUCAUAGACUUCAGAACAUCUGACGGCUCAGAUUCGUCAUCCAAAACAAAACCAACACCUUCCUCUGAGAGAAAAAAACAGCCUUACAAAAGACAAACAGCACAGGUGGUCUCCAUAUCCAUCACAGAAGGCCUCAGAUCAAAACAUUCCACCAGUUGCUGACAAAAAUAUAGCACCUUGCUCAGAGGAGACAAAUAGUGAAGAACUACAAGCAGACCAAAAUGAAAAUUUGGCCAAACUGAAGGUGGCAGAAGAUAUGCAAGCCGAGCAGUCUAAUGGCAAGAAAAGUGACUUCACAGAGCUUUGGAGCUCUCGUAUGCCUUCUUUAAAAUCCCCACUUCGCAACAUCCCAGAUAAUAAAGCUUUAACUUUGAGAAAAGAGCAAAAGAAUCCGUUUAAAAGGUGUAAAAUUGUCGUUUUCACUUUUUGGCGAGAGACAAAAUCGGCUAAAAUGCUCUCAAUUUAGAAACAAUUAGAUCCAAUAGUAUUUCCAAAUAUCGCAAUGCAGCUAAGACCACAAAGAACAGCGAGGAGGCACAAGAGAGUAGGAAAAAAGAGCCAGUGGAAACCCUUCGUGAGGUGUUGUACAAAGCAAAACAGAUGCUGCGUAAUAGUCAGGCCAGUGCGAGCUGUGACAACCAGUUUUUGAGUAGGCCACCUAGUGAUCCUGAGACUGACCGAACUGAGGCAAAGAAUGACCCUUUUCAGAAUGGCGUUUCCUCUGAUGAGAUCUUAGAAGAUGCUAGCGAUGAUGAUUUGUUCAGUAAUACACCUAAAAGAGGACCUGUGGUGGAGUUGCUUAGUGAUAGUUCAGAUAAAAAUGUCUCUCCCAAGGCAGAUGAUAGCACAAAAUCUUUGGAACAAAUCACCACCAGUUCGGACAAUUCUGGUUUAUAUAUUGCAAAAUCUACUGAGAAAUGUUCAGUGACCAGUGAGUCUCAUGAUAGUGGAGAAAAUAGAAAUUCUCUUCAAUCUCAAGACUUUAAUGACUGUGAAAAUUUUGAAAAUGUUUCUGAUCUUGAACUUCAGAAAAGUGCUGCCCAUUCUUCUAAUCCAAUAAUACCAGAAUUGAGCAAGCUUGGACUUCCUGUUUCCCUCCAGAGAGAUCUUACUAGGCAUAUUAGUUCGAGAAGCAAACCUGGAACUCAUCUUCCGGAGCCAAACCUCAACAGCGCACGUCGCAUUAGGAACAAAAGUGGUCAUCGUAAGAACGAUGGUGAAAAGGAUUCAGGACUGAAACCAACCCUUCGUCAGAUUCUGAACGUAUCAAGAAGGAAUAUAAACUGGGAGCAGGUCAUGCAACAAGUGACAAAGAAGAGGCAAGAGCAAGGCAAAGGUUUGCCAAGGUUUGGUAUAGAAAUGGUAGCACAGGUUCAAAGUGAACAAGAUGGUCUUGACUUUGAUGAGGAGUCGGAUUUGGGAAUUGAAAACUAUCACUUUGAAGGCAUCACUGCAAAUCCACUUUGCUCAGUGAGGAAAAGGAGUCUCUCGGAAAGCAGCGUAGCUGUGGAAAAGGGCUCUGUAUACAGUUUAUUUAAUAGCCAUAAUUCCGACACAACUGACGAGCCAAUCAUUCAAAUACGGCAGCCAACACCGGCAACAUCUGGACCAAAGGUGGCUUCAACAUUAACCUCACCUGCCAGAAGUCUUCCUGCCGAACCUUCUACAGACAGUUACGGCGUUUCGAACACAAGAUUGUAUGAAACAUUACAAAGUCAGAGAGGACAUGAAGAAACCUGUGCCCCCCUAGACAGCUUGAGCAUGUUCCAGAGUUCUUGUGUAAAUGUGGUUACCACAAUUAGCAGUCAUGUGGAUGGAGGUACUGACAGUUGUGCAUCCAGCACAGAGCAGAAUGAUAACCAGGGAGUUGGAAAGAAAAGAAGGGCCAACCGGGAUGGUUCCUGUCCUGAAACCUCAAACUUGGAAAGAGACUCCAAAAGAAGAAAAAUUAGAGGGAAAAAAGAGCGCUCCCAAGUGGACCAGCUGUUAAACAUCUCUUUGAAGGAAGAAGAACUAAACAAUUCUCUCCAGGAUGUUGAUAACAACCUUAGUCAGGCCCGCGCUGCUUUACAGGCAGCUUACAUGGAAGUCCAACACUUAAUGAUGCAGAAACAGCAGAUUACAGUGGAAAUGGGUACCUUAAGGACACAGAGAAUACAGAUUCUUCAGGGACUCCAAGGAACCCUUGAUUUAGCCAUUGAAGCAGAUGAGGGAGGAUCCAAUAUAGCUCAAGGUCCACAGGCACCAGAUGUCCACCCCAUAAAUGUGCUUCCUUUCCAGUUGGAGACUCCGUCUUCUCUUUCUACCGAGACCACAGCUAGCCCUCUGUUACCAGCUUCAGUCCUCACACCAGCAGCCAUUCUUCCUGCUCCUGCUAAAACCUCAAUGCCUGAUUCAUCUAUAACUAUUAAACAAGAACCAGUGUCACUUGAGGAAGUGGACAAAAACCGCUCCACACCACCAUUUCCACAGUUACAAGCAACUGCGCCAGCAGAACUUAGUGAUGUAGAUGGUCAGAAUACACCGAUGUAUCCAGUUAUUACAGCCUCCAUGUCUCUUUCUGAGCUUACAAGCAAGUUUCCUGUUCUUAAUACAGAAUUAUCUAAUGAAAGGCACUAUGUUUCAACUGCAACAUCACCGCCUCAUUAUUUAUCACCAAUUCCAAUUUUCUCACCAAAGCAGGAAGUGGAUGUUCCUGAAAAUCUGCCUGCUGCUGUGACUAGGCCACUUCAAGGCCAAUCCAUUUCACCAAAAGAUACUGACUGUCCAGUAGCCCCCUCAGAGCAUGUAGAUUCAACUUUGAUUUCCGCAAAAUCUAUGGAAGGCAAGAAAAAGAAGAAACUGCGAAAAAAGAAGACCUUACGUGCGGCCCAUGUGCCUGAAAACAGUGACACUGAACAGGAUGUCAGCAAGCCUGUUAGAAAAGUAAAGUGCAGAAAGCUUUCAAAGGAAGCCACAGUUAGCACUUCCACUCCUGUAGAAGUAGAUGCUGCAUCACAGGAUGGCGAAAUCAACAAAGAUCACAAUGCCAGCGAUUCCAGCAUUGAAAUGAUGGAAUUACCAAAACCUUGCUAUGAGGUGGUAGAGAUAGAUUCCAGUGAUGAAAAACCAGACAGUCCAUCCAAAACUGACCUUGUAGACUGUCCAAAACUGAGCAGUUUGGAUAAGAAUGAUGAAGUAACUUCCACCAGUGAACUCGGCACAAACUACGCAGUAGGAACCUUGGGAAGCAUGGAGCAGAGAGCUUCUACCCCAGGAACAAAGAAUUCUUCUGACAUAUCGUCGGAUGCUGGAGAAGAUGAGGAACCUACAGAUGGCAGCUUUGAAGGACACCAGGCUUCAGUUAAUGCCAUGCAGGUUUACUGUAGAACCCUCUACACCUGUUCUGCUGACAAGAAAGUGCGGGCAUACAGUCUCGUGACCCGAAAAUGUAAGGCUGUUUUUGGAGGACACACAUCAAAAGUAAACUGUCUCCUUGUGACACACAAGCGAGGGGGAACUGUAGCACUGUAUACUGGUUCUAGCGACCACACAAUCCGAUGCUUUGAUGUUAAGAAGAAGGAAUGCACUGAUGUCGUACAUCUUGGAGAACGAGUCUUGUGUCUGCACUCACGAUGGAAAAUCCUAUACGUAGGUCUUGCCAAUGGAACAGUGGUCACUUUCUCCAUCAAGAGCAACACACAGUUAGAUGUGUAUGAGUGUCAUGGGCCCCGGGCAGUUAGCUGCUUGGCAACAGCACAAGAAGGCGCUCGAAAACUACUGCUAGUUGGAUCUUACGAUAGCACCAUCAGUGUUCGAGAUGCCCAUAAUGGCCUUUUGCUGCGCACCCUAGAGGGGCAUGCAAAAACGGUCCUCUGCAUGAAGGUUGUCAAUGAUCUGGUAUUCAGUGGAUCAAGUGACCAGUCUGUCCAUGCUCACAACAUCCAUACUGGGGAACUGGUCCGCAUCUACAAAGGUCACAAUCAUGCUGUUACAGUAGUUAACAUCUUGGGGCAGGUUAUGGUGACAGCUUGCUUGGAUAAAUUUGUUCGUAUCUAUGAUCUGCAGUCGCAUGACCGGUUACAAGUUUAUGGAGGAUAUUCAGACAUGAUCAUGUGCAUGUCAAUUUACAGAAACAUGAUCUACACUGGCUGUUAUGAUGGCAGUGUCCAAGCUGUGCGUCUGAACCUUAUGCAUAAUUAUCGUUGCUUGUGGCAUGGAUGCUCGCUUAUCUUUGGUGUUGUCGACCAUCUGAAGCAACACCUACGGAAUGAUCACACAAACCCUAACUUCCAAACCUUAAAAUGCAGAUGGAAGAAUUGUGACGGUUUCUUCACAGCUCGGCGAGGAUCAAAGCAGGACGCAAUAGGACACAUUGAACGGCAUGCAGAAGAGUGCCAAACGAACAUAUAA